UUGAUAUUAUUAUCUGCUUCGAUUAUACACUCGAUAGAAGCAUUCUAAAUGGGAAUCAUCGCGUCAUUGCAAGGAAAUUUUCCUAUUGCGUCUUUUAGCUUAUACGCAAGAUAUUUUUCAAGCUUUAAGUUCCAGUAUAUUUAUAAUAGUUAAAUGGCAACGUACAAAAUAACCAUAAUUAACAAGCCAAAUGUAAGCGAGCGUGACAGACCGCAAGAUGUCUUCAGUACGAGCACUCACCAGUUACGUAUUCCUCGUCACCGUAUAUGCUGCGUCCGGAGUGGGCGAACGGGACGGUACGCGAGAUGGCAGAUUCUGUGACAUUGAUCUCAUUUCUGGAAAAACAAAAGUCAGGGCACAUCGAGUUGUACUGGCUGCGAGCUGUGAAUACUUUGAUGCAAUGUUCAAUGUGGGCUUAGAAGAAAGUCAAAAAGGUCGUGUGAUUCUUCCCAGUGUACCUCCAGGGAUACUUCCAAUGAUAAUUGAUUUUAUUUAUACUGGGGAAAUUGAGAUUGAUAAAGCAACAGUGCAGCACUUAAUGAUAGCAGCUGAUAUGUUUCAACUUAGAGAGCUUGUAAUUGGAUGUGGUGAAUUUUUAAAGAGGGAAUUACAUCCUUCAAAUGCACUUGGCAUUUUUAGGUUUGCAGAAACUCAUAAUUGUAUUGAAUUGGCUGAAGAAGCUUUAGCACAUGCUCAGGCUAACUGGAAUUUGGUAGCAAAUGGAGAUGAACUAUUAGAGUUACCUUUGCAACAACUCAAUACACUUCUGUCAUCUGAACAACUAAAAGUAGAUAAUGAAGCACAGGUAUUAUACCCGGCCUUAAAGUGGCUCGAAUAUGAUCCUGCAAAUAGAAGACGUCACUGUUUUGAAGUACUAAGUCACGUUCGAUUACCUCUUAUUUCACCACAAAUUUUAGAUGAUGCAAUUAAAACAGUACAAGAUCCUUCGAUAGUGGUGGCUCUAAAAACAGUCCGAGUCGACAUGAAAUCGGGGCGUGGGGCGCUGGUGUCGCUGUCAGCGGAGCCGCGGGCGCGCGCGCGUCGCAUGCUGGUGGUGGCGGGCGGCUCGUGCCACGACGCCGCGCCGCACCCGCCGCACGCCGCCGACAACAUACUCUCAUCGGUGCUCAAGUUCGACUUGCACAAGAGAGAAUGGGAGGAGCUCUCGUCGAUGGGUAUUGCACGUAUUCAGCCAGGAGUUGCGAUGUUGGGUGGACGAGUGUAUGCGGUGGGGGGUGAACAGGGCAGCCAGAUACUAGCCAAUGGAGAAGUGUAUGACCCACAGACUGAUAAAUGGUCAAACAUAGCACCAAUGAAAGAGGCGAGGUGCGAAUUCGGAUUGACCGCUUGGAACGGUAACCUGUACGCCUUCGGAGGAUGGGUGGGCUCCGACAUGGGCUCUUCCGUCGAGGUCUACGAUCCUAUAUCCGACGAGUGGACGCUCUGCGGCAAGAUGCCCGAACCGCGUUUCGGGAUGGGCGUCGUCAAUUUUGAAGGUCUGAUCUACGUGGUGGGCGGCUGCACGCACACGUGGCGGCACACGCGCGACCUGCUGUGCUACGCGCCGGGCUCGCGCAAGUGGCGCGCGCUGGCGCCCAUGCGGCACGCGCGCUCGCAGGCCGCCGCCGUGGUGCUGGGCGCGCACCUCUACGUCAUCGGCGGCAACGCGCCGCGCCGCACCGUGCUCGCCUCCGUCGAGCGGUACAGCUUCGACGACGACUCGUGGGAGGAGGUCGCCAGCCUGGCCGAGGCGCGCGCGGGCUGCGCGGCGGGCGCGGCGGACGGCGUGCUGGUGGUGGCGGGCGGCGACAGCGAGGGCGCGGGCGAGCGCGCCUUCUACCGCGCGCGCACCACGCUGGCCUCCGCCGAGCUGUACGAGCCGGCGCGGGACGCGUGGCGUGCCGCGCCGCCGCUGCCGCACGCGCGCGCCGAGGCGGGCGCCGCGCUGCUCUGA